AUGGUCUUCCACCUGAUCAUUGCAGGACGCGACACCACAGCGGGUCUUUUAUCCUUCAUGGCAUACGAACUCGCCAGGAACCCGGAGGUCCAAGAGAAACUUCAUCAGGAGAUCAUGCAGAAGCUUCCUCCACAGAGCUCUCUUGACUGGAAGAGCUUGAGUGCCACUGACAUGCCGUACUUGAAUGGCGUGAUCUAUGAGACCUUGAGGCUGUGGCCUCCAGUGCCCUUGGAUCCCAAGAUGGCGUUCGAAGACGAUGUGGUGCCAGGUGGCUUCACCAUCCCCAAGUGGUCCACCAUCGCGUACGUGCCCUAUGCCAUGGGUCGAGACGCCACACGCUAUCCAGAACCUUUGGCCUUCCGCCCGGAGCGUUGGAUUCCCUUUACUCCGCCAGCCCAUCAUGAGUUCCCCGUCUUCCAGGCCGGACCACGAAUUUGCUUGGGGAUGGACAUGGCCUUGUUCGAAGCCAAGACCAUCACGGUGGAGCUCCUGCGGUUCCUGCGCUUCGAAAUGGUGGAAGGCUUUUGCGCGGUGUGGUUUGGCUCGGCUCCGGAUGGCGAGAUAGGAUUUGACCUCUUUAAGGCUAAACGAGUUGAGAUCCCAGGCCGGGAGACCAAUGGCGUGUCUUUCCGAGAGGAAUGGGUCCAUCAACUGCCGAAAGGAGUCCGCUUCUUCCAGACGCUUCCAAGAGACAAGGAAUCUCCGAUCAUUCCUUUAGCCUUGGACCCGGGCCCCAUCAAUGGCUGGGACACGGUAGCUGCGAACGCCUACUAUCUUGACGUCGUCCUCCUCUCGAUGCUCUUCGGCAAGAUUGGACGAGAGCUCAGCCCACCAGACGAGCUUGGCUUGUGUACCUCGGUGGAGGUUUCGGCGCCCAAGUUUGCCUUCUCUUCGAAGGAUUUGCCAUCGUUCAUCAAGGAAGUGGACUUGGACAAGGAUGCCCACCAAAGAGAUCCCGAGCGCGCGCGUGCCGGUGGCCCUGUGCCCAUCAAAGACGGCUGCGUGCUGGAUCACUUAGGUUUGGGCCCUACAUCCUCGAAGUGCUGGGAGGCCUUGCGGAAGGUACGCACCAUUUUGGGCUGGUCCAAGCAAGUGGGCAGUGAAGGUGUCUACUCCUCCAAAGGCAAUCCGGGUUACUUCAAAGGCAUUCUCACCCUGCCGGGCUUUGACUACAAAAGCCUCCGAGUUGAAGAGAUGAAGAUGAUGGCCUCCGUGGCUCCUGGCUGCACCUUCAACUGCGUGAACGACUCCAAGGUGGUCGCGAAGUAUCGCCUCCAGGUGCCGGAGAGGAUCUACAACCUUCCCAACAUCAGCUGCAAGAACAGCCUUUGUGUGUCGAACCCUGUCAACCGGCAGCGGGAGAUUGUGGCGUACUUGGAACGGGUGCCGUACUACGUCAGCAGUGUUCUGCCCAAUUGCACGGAGAGCGAAUACCUCUACGUGUGCAAGUGGUGUCGUUGGCCUCACGUCUACGAGAACAUCUGGGAUGACCUGCGACGACCAGGUGAGUCUACCAGGUGA